UUUGCAACCUUGUGACUAACAUUACGUGCAACUCUGUAUUAUAAUUUAUUUCUAGAGCUACUGUUACUUAAAUAAUUUCACUUUUAUUUAAAGAUUCGUAAGAAACAUUUCUUAAAUUUCUUCAAUCUUCAAACGGUGAGAAACAACGCAAAAUUAUGGAAACAUUUCUAACUGCGUCAAAAACAGCUCUAACGAAAUUAUCUGCAUACUAUACAAUUCGUAUUGUCCUUGGAAAUCAAACUUGCGACUUGGAUUCGGCAGUCUGCGCUUUGGCUCAAGGAUUUUGUGAAUAUUUGAAUGAAACUAAAAAAAGUCAAAAUGAAGAAAAUGUUGCAGUAAUACCUAUUUUAAAUGUUGCCAAGAAAGAGUUUCGAAUUAAGACCGAAGUCAUUUAUUAUUUCCGCAAGCAUGGAAUUUCAGAAGAACUUUUGACAUUUAGGGAUCAGAUAGAUCUGAACAUUCUAACGGAAAAUAGGGAAAAUAAAGUAGAAGUUGUACUCGUGGAUCAUCAUGUCCUGGCGAACGAAGAUAGGACCUUGGUCAACUCAGUCGUCGAGAUUAUCGAUCACCGUCCUCAGGACGCAUCCUGGCCCUGGCAUGGGAAAACGAUUCACUUAGAGGCGGUCGGCAGCUGCGCCACUCUCGUCGCGCGCAACCUUCUCAUCAAACAUCCCGAAGCCGUCGACGCGUGGCUGGCAAACUUCUUACGAGGUCCGAUAUUAUUGGAUACUUGCAAUUUCUCAGAAGAAGCAAAUCGUGCUACAGCACUCGAUCGCGAAAUUAUGGAAACUCUCGAGAGAAUCUCGUCCCUUGGUUCCGAUAGAGACCAAGUCUAUCAGGGAAUACUUGCAGCAAAAACGGACAUCAGUGAAUUAACACCUGAUGAUCUCAUACUUAGAGAUUUGAAGUUUGAAAGUGGUGUACCGUUUAUUGGCUUUCCGAUAUUAGUCAAGGAUUUCCUCACCUUGGAGGGUGCUCUACGAGCUGUCGAGAAGUUCACGGAAAGCAAAAAGUGUACACUUGCUGUCCUUAUGGGACUCUCCUUGAAAAACGACCACGUGACCAGGGACAUCGCGGUCUUUUCGUUAUUGACCAAUGGUCUGGAAAAUAAAAUAAUCAACGCGUUGCUCGGAUCUACUCAACCUCAGUUAGAGCUCACAUUGGAAAAACGGAUCAAAGAAGAAAAGUACAAUGUAUUCCUCUAUAAACAAGGAAACAUUCGUGCGUCACGGAAGCAAAUAUUACCGAUCAUAAGAGAAACAUUGUCAAAAGAGCGGGCUUGUUAAUGGAAGGAAAUGUAGAUAUUGUGGUUGAGAUAGGUAGAAUAUCUAACUUGGAUAUUUAUCACGCAUUCAUCUGUAAUUGUAGCCGUCAUAGCACGCUCGGAGAAAAAAGAAGUGACUAAUUACUGGCGUAAAA